UAACUCGAUUUGCACCUCGCUGGCUCAUUGCCACGACUAUGAUACGUAGUCUCAAUAAGUCAUACAAGACGGACGGUUGGCAACGUUGAAGAGGUUCAGUAUCGGCCAAGUACCGGUCCGUACCGACCAACUGGAUCAUCAUAAUCUUAUAAUAACUGUGACCGCAGCUCCCACUAACCAUCUCGUCUGAGUACUAGUACUCAAGUACUCAUGGCUGAACCUAAAUCUAACAAUAUCGACGCGACAGAAAACUCGACCACUCAGCACAUUGAAGAUAAGGAGGCGGAUGAAUGGGUUGAAGAGGACGAAAAUUAUGACGACGAUGACUACGAAGACGGAGAGGAAGAAGCAGAGGAAAUUGCGCGUCGGUUGAAGGAACAACUAUGGGCGGACAUUAGCAAAGCGCAGGCAGACCGCGUCAAUGUCACCGCGACGUCAUCAACUCUUGCACCCCUACAUGAGGGUGCUCCGUCUGCGGUUCCUUCUCCAGUUCCGAUCACACACCCGCGUCCCCAAUCGUCUGUGUCAUCCAAGAAGGAAGAAGCCGCAUUAAAGACAAUGACGAACGUGCUGAACAUUGCAGGAAAGGAUCCUCUAGUUCACUCAACUCUGGCAUCUGCAAUUGUUCCUGGUGCAGGCACUAGCGUUCUGGAAAUCCUAAGUCGCACCGUUGCCGCCGGGACAAUUUCCAAAGACCUUGCAAAAUCGCUCAGCCUGACUCUUGUAUCUCUGGCUCGCUCCGACGCUCUCUUUGCCGCACUGCGUCAUUCUAAUGCGCCUGCACUGCAGCUAGACAAGGGCAAGAGGAAACGCGACGAGACCGAAGAAGAACGGCAGAGGAACGAGUCACGAGCCUUUAAACGGCCAACUUUUGCACAUGGACAUUUGCAGAGCCAGAUAACAGACGCAGUUCGCGUCGUAUCAGAAACUCUUGCCUCCCAUCCACCUUCCAACGGCCCACCAGAUCCUUCGAUCAUAUCCUCAAUCCAGCUACAGUUACAUCAAAUAUUUCUUUUUGCGGUCACCUCUUCUGCAAGAGGAGGACCUGAGACGAACGCUUUACAAGAGAUCAGUGGACUCAUUCAGGUGGUUGGAGUCCUGAGUGGCAGUCCUAUUGGCCCCACCGCGGUCCCACCGAAUGCCCCGAUGCCAAAUAUUCAACCCACUGGCGGAUCGAUGUAUCCUCCCCGCCCAUGGAUACCUCCAGGAACAGGCCCUCAUCCCGUCCCUUUUAGCGACAUUGGCACUGCAGUAUACCCCUGCCUAGUGUUAGGUUGCCGCAAGAUUUUCGCGCGGCUUUUUAACCUACGAGCGCACCAACAAGUGCACGCAGUGCAUAGGCCAUAUCGUUGCGUUGCAUGUCCCGCCUCGUUUGCCCGAAAUCAUGACCUAAAACGCCAUGCCAAACUACACGACAAGACGGGAUACCAGUGUGCCGGUUGCUACAAGCUGUUCUCGCGGCGUGACGCAAUCAAAAGGCAUAAAAACAGCAGCGCAGCCCGUGGUGGCAAAGGGGAGGCAUGUGUCAACGCAGCGAUCAAAGAGGUUGAACUGGACAAGGAGGGCGGGGAAGAGGCUCUGCGGGAAGGUCGACGGACACGGAUGUGGGCUGAUAUUGUAACCAAUUCUGUGGCAUCUACAGCAAAUUACGGAACAUUCGGAGAUGAUUGGGGUCCAGAGGAAGGCGAAAUGGAAGGCGACGUCAUCAGCCAUGCACAAAGGGCUGUGCUCAGUCUCCACAAGACGUUGCAAGCUCAUGUGUCCAGCGCGUUAGGAACAACAGCGGAUCAUAAUAUUCCCCCAAUGCAUGUUGAUCCGACCGGAGGCCAAGCGACCCUGGCUAGCGUCAUCGCCAAGGCUCAGCUGCAAAAUAUGCCGUCUUCACAAACUCAACAAGAUAAUUCAGCGAUGGACGCUGCCCAUCCUACCAUGGACGAAUCGCCGUUUUUACCACCGGACGACGGAAGUUACGAUCCGAAUAAUGAUUAUCUUGCUCCAACCGCGGAAAGUGCAACUGUUUCUGCACCGCCGCUCUCACUAUAUGGUCUUUCAGAAGAACAAGCGCGACUUUUGGAGCAGGCCAUUGCAAAUGCUGCAUCUGCAGCUCAAGCACAGGCAGAAGCAGAGGCAGCGUUGGAAGAACAGGAAGAGGAUUAUGAAGAGGAUUACGACGAACUAGACGAAGGUGACGUGGGGAUCUGCUCAACGGUCGGGACCGAAGUCUCCUCAACGUUGGGAUCGUAAUUUUGUCUAUGUAUUGCGAGCGCGCCAAGUAUCAAUCUCUGACAAUUAGUACUAUAGCUUUCUGCCACCUCCCAGGCAUGCCCAGCAGCCUUCCAGCA